AUGAAUCACGGGGACCCUGGACACCGCUGUAGGUGUUCCCAUGGACCGCGGUGUGCCGGUGCGCCGCCCCAGGAAGGCCUCGCGGCGGCGGCCCUGGACACCCGUGUGCGGCCCCUCCCCAUGGGCGCCGAGGCGGAGUCCAUGCUGCGGCAGAUCGGCGCGUACACGCCCAACCUCGACGGGCACACGGUGACCCUCCUCUCCUGCGUCCACUCCGUCCUCCCUCCUCCGCCCCUCGUCUCCAACCACGCCGCCCUCUCCGCCCUCCUCCCCCCGCGCCAGGACGGCGGCGACGACCGCAUCAGCGACCUCCCCGACAAGCUCCUCCGCGACAUCGUCUCCCGCCUCCCCGUCAAGGACGGCGCGCGCACCGCCGCUCUCUCCUGCCGCUGGCGCGGCGUCUGGCGCUCCGUGCCGCUCGUCCUCGUCGACUCCGACCUCCUCCCCGUCCGAACCGGUUCGGGCCUGCAGGUCGCGCACGCGGACGCGCAGCGCGUCGCCUCCGCCGUCACCCGCAUCCUCGAAGCUCACCCGGGCCCCUUCCGCUGCGUCCACCUCAUCUGCAGCUUCCUGGACAAGUGCCCGGACCUGCUCGCGCGGUGGCUCCAGCUCCUCGCCGUCAAGGGCGUCCAGGAACUCGUCCUCGUCAACCGCCCGUGGCCGCUCAACAUGCCCAUCCCUCCCACCUUCUUCGCCAUGGCAACCCUCACCCGCCUGUACCUUGGCGUCUUCGAGUUCCCUGACACGAGGAUCCUCCCGCGCGCCGCGUCAUUCCCACACCUCCGCGAACUCGGCCUCUGCUGCGUGCAGAUCCUGAGGAGGGAGGACAUGGACUUCAUCCUCGCCAGGAGCCCUGUGCUGGAAAUCCUAUGCAUCCAAGUGAACAUGCUGAUGAAACACCUGAUCCUCGUCAGCCGCAGCCUCCGUUGCGUGCAGAUCAUCGAAAGCAUUGAUCUGAGCAUCGCACUGAAAGACGCUCCGAACCUCGAAAGGCUCAUCAUCUGGGCAGCAACGGUCCGCGAUGGCGUGCCCAGGAGUGUCAAGAUUGACCAUGCCCCUGCACUAAGCUUACUUGGCUAUCUGGACCCGGAACGGCACAGCCUAGAAAUCGGCAACACCGUCAUCAAGGCUGGGACAACGGCGAGUCCGAGCACAAUGGUCCCAAGCGUCAAGAUCCUCGGCAUAAGAGUGUGCUUCGGAGUCCGCAACAUUGCUAAGAUGCUGCCCUGCUUCCUCAGAUGCUUUCCCAACGUCGAGAGGCUGCAUCUUGAGUCCAACGAAACUGAUGAGCCCACCGGCAAGCUCAACAACAAGUUCUGGCAGGAGGUCGGCCCUAUCGAAUGCGUGCAGUCACACAUGAAGCUGAUGGUCUUCUACGGCUUCCGAGGGGAGCGGGGCGAGCUUUCCUUCCUCAAGUUCGUCCUGGAGAGCGCACUGGUGCUGGCGAAGCUGGUGAUCGUGUUCACCAAGGGGAGCUUCACCUCAAUGGCAGAGGCCAGCUCCAAGGUGAAACCUCUGUUUGCUGCAAAAUGGGCCAAUAAAGACUGCUCACUGGUGCUCUUGGAGAGUGUGUUUCAAGCAGGGGAAGACAAGUGGUUGCUCAACUUCAAAGCAGGGUCUGAUUUCUCUACAGGGGACCCAUUCACGCGCACCGCUGCUCUUCGUGGCUGCAACUUUUAA